UCAAAACCGUCCGAACGAGAUUGGUCGCAAUCUAAGUUUGAAGACGUGUUGCUCACAUCAACGGGAAGAAGGAUUUUAGCCAGAUGCUAGUUAGGCACUAAACUCGCUUAUUAAUGAACACAGUCAAUAGGGAAAGUUUAAACAAGUUUGUCAAUCAACCCGAUAAGMGACAAUUCGUGAUGUAUAGUUAGCUGUCUAUUAAAGAAAAGUAAAAGGGAGCUAGUACGGUUGUUUAGAUGGAUAGCUAGCUAGCGAACGGUAGCCGUUGUUCUUCGUGACCUGUCUUUCAAGUAACUAACCAGCUGUUCUACUACUAACUAGUUAUUAUCUACAGCUAAAGCAUCUCAAACUAGCUAGCUAUUAGCUAGUAACUUAGUUAACGUUACUAUGUAGCUAUCCAGCUAAUAGUUAUAACGUUAGCUAACUAAAUAACUUUAAGCUAACUACUAUACCUGGUUUAGCACUGGCUAAACACAUUAGCUACUAGCUGGCUAGAUAGUCUACGGCCUUGAUUCGGCUUGACAGGUGCUAAUUUAUUGCCGCAGUGAAGUCAGGCUAACUACAACGAUGUCACGCAGGCGGAUUGACAGCCGCAAUGGACCGACUGGGCUACUUGGAGAAAUUCAAACCCAUAUCAAUACGGAACCGAUGGACAGUGUUUAUGACAUCACUGGCGAGUUGGGCAGGGGUAAAUUUGCGGUGGUGAAGCGGUGCGUGGAGAGGUCCACAGGGAAGGUGUUUGCCGCCAAGUUCCUGCGGAAGCGGCGUCGGGGCCGAGACUGCCGGGCCGAGGUGGUGCACGAGAUGGGUGUGCUGGAGGCGGCCCGGAACAACCCUCGUGUGGUUAACCUGCACGCUGCCUAUGAGACAGACCACGACAUCAUCCUGCUGCUGGAAUAUGCGGCGGGGGGUGAGAUCUUUGACCACUGUGACUGUGAUGAGCUGCUCCCAGAGGGCCAYAUCACACGGCUGAUCAGACAGACGCUGGAGGGCGUCCACCUCCUCCACCAGACCAGUGUGGUGCACCUGGACCUCAAGCCCCAGAACAUCCUACUAACCAGCCUGGCUCCGCUGGGGGACAUAAAGAUUGUGGACUUUGGCCUGGCACGCAAACUGGGCAUGGUCGGAGAGCUCCGAGAGAUCUUGGGCACGCCUGAGUACGUGGCUCCAGAGAUCCUGAACUAUGAGCCUAUCACAACGGCAACUGACUUGUGGUGAGUCAUCAAUAUUAACACAAAC